UCAAGCAAUAUUUUUAUCUAUAAUAAACUUAGAACACCAACAAACUGUGAAAGAUAUGGAGUCAACAAAAGACGAAACACAAUUAAAGUGUUAUACAAAAAAUAUUGAGGUAUACAAUCUUGAGGAGUGCUUCAGAGCGAUACUCGCAAAGAAACCAGUUACAAUAUCUGCAGGCACAGCAUACAAAAUAAUAAUUCAACUGUGCAACACACCUAUAACAUACGGAGAUCACAGAUUAAAAUCAAUUCUACCUUACAUGUUGAUGCACCACAUGACGAUCUGGCCAGGUUGGCAAAAAAUUCUCAAAUAUAAAUCGAACAACUUAGAAUUUAAUAAAUCACUUGAUGUGUUCAAGAAUUACCUCACAUAUAAAAUUAACUAUAUAAUCAAGAAUGACUUCAAAAAGGCUUUAAAUCAAUAUCUUAAUGAUGACAAAGCCAAUAAAGCAGACAAACCAACAUCUGAUUCUUUCACACAAACUGAAUGUCAAAUUAAGGAUUUUUCUCCAUAUACUAUUGUUGUUAACACACCAGCAGAUUGCAUUUCCAGAUUGCUAUUUAGUGAUGGCCCCGAUGAAAAACUUGUUUUAAAAUAUCAUCAACAACAAGGUUGGUCCAACCUAGAUGUCAAAAUAAUGUUCAAUUGGCCUCAUAUUUCUGUUAAGUUUUCAACUUCAGAAAUAGAAAUAAGAAGGAGUAAUAAACACCAAUAUGUACGAUAUAUAUCACUACCUGCAUCAAUUAGGCACACAAUGAAAUCUGAUUUUAUUGAAGAGGUAGACUAUAUUGAUGAGAAAAGACAAAGAAAAGCAUACACUGUGAAUCUCUUGAAGGAAUACUGCAGGAAGUAUGUAGAAUCAUACAAAAGACAUGUUAUAGAGACACAAAAUCCAACACUUAGUGAAAAUAUGUCAGAUUGUGAAGAGUUUUUAGCACAAUUCUGUAUGGACAUUGAAGAAAUAAACAUCAACCAAUCAUUUGCAUCAAACACAUCAGUUCUUUUCAAUAUAAGCGGAUUUUUAUACAGCAGAAGUAAAAAGAUGAGAGUAGAAAACAAUGAGCCUACAGUCUGUUUGUUUGAAUAUUUAACACCAAAAGUUGAACUGAGUUUAGUUCGUUUCUACGGCGUUGUGACUGACGAAACAACAGGUGUAUCUCAAUUUAGGACAUUAAACAAUCCAUCUAUGCCUUUCCUUAGACCUACGAUGGAAUAUAACUGUACUUAUUGUCGAGUCAGGUUUUUAAGUAAAAAAACUUUAAUGGAUCAUUUAUACCAGAAACAUUCACCAGAACCGUCAAUGGUCUGCAGCAAAUGUGCUGUACAGUUUGAUGUUGUUAGUCUAGCCAGAAACAGGUGGAAGCAUAUUUGUAAAGCUGAUACAAAUGAGACUACACAAGACGACUCGCAGAUAUCGCAAAAUAACGGAAUUUAAAAUUCAACGGUGCUUUAUUUUUCAUUAUAAUUAUUUGCACAAAAUUAUACUGAUAAUUGGUGUACAAUUUUUAUUCUGAAACAAUCAACAUUGUAAUAUUAAGUGAUUUUUAUGUUUAUGUACAUCACACUGUUUAGUUGAAACACAAUGUUUAUGUGUUUGAUUUUAUUUUUGAAAAAUAUUAAAUUUUCAUUCAAUAAACAUUUAUAUGUGAAUAUACAUAU